AUGACAGAAUAUAUAGCUGUAGUAAAGUUGAGUAUAUCCACUGUCACAAGCGUGACUUGUUAUUAUAAAAUGUCUGUUCGGAGAGUGCUCAGGAUUAUACGUGAAAGUUCCACUCUGUGGUUUGCCAUCUUGGUUCCAUUGAUCCUGUUACCUCUACCCUUACUACAUCCUAAUGAUGUUUCAAGAUGUGCCUAUUGCGUGCUAUUAAUAGCAAUAUACUGGAUAACAGAGAUUAUACCACUAGCAGUUACCUCCCUUCUCCCUGUAGUCCUGUUUCCACUAUGGGGAGUGAUGUCAGCUAAGGACACGUGCAGCAGCUAUGUCAAGGACACAUUGAUGUUGUUUCUGGGAAGUUUGAUCGUGGCUGUAGCCGUUGAAAGAUGGAACUUACAUAAACGUUUGGCUUUAAGAACAUUAACGCUAGUGGGACCAGAGCCUAAAUGUAUUCCGAGAGAAUGGAGGCCUGAAGAAACUGAAGAUAAAGAGUUCUUAGUUUUAGCCAAGUCGUUUUCUAUCUGUACGGCGUAUGCGGCUAAUAUUGGGGGUAUGGCUACUUUGACGGGAACACCACCUAAUGUUAUAUUCAGUGGUCAAGUCGAUACAUUAUUCGGACAUUACGGACUAGAAAGCGGUGUGAAUUUCGCUAAUUGGUUGUUAAUUGGUAUACCAGUUUCGGCUAUUAUAUUUGUAUUUUGCUGGGGCUGGUUGACGUUCGUUAUGAAAGGUAAAACGUUUCCAGAAGUUAUAGUAGCUAUUAAUUUUUUGAUAUUAGUUUUAUUAUGGGUCACCAGAAGUCCUGGAUUUAUAACUGGUUGGGGAGCUGGCUUCAAACCAAAAUUUGUAAAAGAUUCUACUAGUGCUAUUUUGAUAUCGGUAUUAAUGUUUAUUCUACCAUCAAAACCACCAAUAUGUACCACAUCAUCUGAUGAUUAUUCAUUAGAAAAUAAUCGUGGAAGAGAAAAUGAAAAGAAGUUUGUUUAUGAACCAAUAUUAAACUGGAAGAUAGUCCAUGAGAAGGUAGCUUGGGGUGUUUUAUUGCUGAUGGGAGGUGGAUUUGCUAUAGCUGACGGUUGCCAGAAAUCUGGUUUUUCUCAGUGGAUCAGCGAUGGUCUGAUUGGGCUAGCUGCUCUUCCAGAAUGGACUAUAGCCUUCUUAUUGUCCUUGAUUAUUGCUUGUGGAACGGAAGUGACGAGCAAUGCUGCUACUGCCACUUUGUUUCUGCCUAUAGUCUUUAGUCUGGCUGUACAAUUAGAAGUUCAUCCAUUGUAUUUCAUGGUUCCUUGCACCAUGGCAACAUCUUUAGCUUUUUUGUUACCAGUGGCAACGCCUCCUAAUGCCAUAGCAUUUUCAUCCGGGUAUUUAGAAGUGAAAGACAUGGUGAAGACGGGAAUCGCCAUGAACCUCUUCUCGCUGUUGGUGGUCAAUCUAGCCCUAAACACCUGGGUUGUCCCCCUUUAUGAUCUCCACAACCUUCCAGACGCCUUUCGGAAUCUGACAUUAUCCAGUAAUAUGUCUGCUUUAAGCUUGUCCUUUUCUACAUUACCACCGAUUUCCACGGCCCCGACUGUUUAG